AAACACAGUCUUGUGAGUGAAAAAUGUAGAAGGGAUGAAGAUUGUUCUCAUUCAACACAAUAAUUUCAACACGAUGACAUCUGCAAAGUUUAUCUUCUACCUGAUAUGUUUGUUCUUGGGGAAAAUGGUUCAGACGACCGACCUGGAUUCCUCCUCAUCUGUUCAUCAAGGGAAUAGUUUUCUAUCAGUUGAAACUGGGGGGAACUUGACGUUGAAAUGUUUUCAUGAAGCCGGUUCACCAGGAACCCUUUACUGGUUUAAACACACUCUGGGACAGAAACCGAGGCUUAUCUCAACCUCCUACAGGUACACAAUACCUACAUUUUAUGCUGAAUUCAAGAAUCCUCGCUUCAAAGUGGUUAAUGAAAAUGGUCGGAAUCAUUUGACGAUAACAGAUCUGGAAAUUAAUGACUCUGCUACUUACAAUUGCAUAAGCGGUAAUGAAUACGAAUUGGAAUUCUUGGCUACAACUACUGUCAGUGUACAGGGUUCUAGUUCAAACAUCCCAACUUUAAUCCAUCAGUCACAUUCAGAGACCAUCCAGCCAGGAGGCUCUGUGACUCUGAACUGUACAGUACAAACUGGGACCUGUGAUGGACAACACAGUGUUUACUGGUUCAAAGACUCUGAAGAAUCUCAUCCAGCACUCAUUUACACUGAUGGAGGCAGCACUGAUCAGUGUGAGAGGAAAGCCAACACACAAACACACACCUGUGACUACAACCUGCCGAUGGAGAGCCUGAAUCUGUCUCAUGCUGGAACCUACUACUGUGCUGUUGCCUCGUGUGGACACAUUAUGUUUGGAAACGGGACCAAGCUGGACAUUAAGGAUAAGUUACUGGUUACUGAGCUGGACUCUCCUUUCUUCGUCUAUCUUUCAAGUGGCGCUUUGGUAUUCAGCAACAUCCUAGUUGUUUUACUGGCUCUUUCAGUGUGCAUGAUGAACAAGACAGACAGCUGCCAAAGCACAGAUAACUAUUGCUUCUUCAAAUCUUGA